GGGAGAUAAUAGCAGAGAAAUGUAGCUACGCAGCGGUGAGCUGGUUGAGAAGAAACUUAUUUGUAGAUUAUUCUGUAGCCCUACAGAGUCUUAUUUUCCAGCCGAUAGUCCAUAUUUUGAAAAUAAGCAUCGUUUAGUUUAAAGGCUGAGGAAUUAUCACUCAAGGUUCAAUGCAAGACUGGUGUAAAAAGAGGCCACACGAAUGGCACAAGUAUAUAAAUCAAGAAGUGAGAGUCACAGCACAUGAUAAAAAUGAAUAUCAAGGUUGGGUUUUCACCGUGGAUCCAGUGUCUGGAAGUGUGGUCCUUGUGACCCUCCAUGGGCAGCAGAGCACAUCUGUUAGAGUAGUGAUGGGCCAUGCUGUGAGGGAUGUGGAGGUUCUGAAGGAGGGAGAUGAGGAAAUUGCACAGCAGUUAAAUGCUCUGUUCAUGCCUGCUGGAUCUCAAGUCCUUACUAAUGAUGAGCUGAAGCGAAGGAAGGAGGACUUGCGCCUGUGGCUGGAGAAGAACCGGAUUCCUGUGACGGAGGAGGAAGACACUCUGCGGGUGGCCAAUGUCCUCACUGUUAGCCCGCCUUACGGUUCAGGAGACUGCUCCAGCUCCAAUGAAAUUAUUCUGGCUAGAGUACAGAGUUUAAUCGAGAGUUACCCUGGCCCAGACAAAGAGCAGUGAGACAGCUUUUUGUAAUGGGACACUGUUCCUUGUACUGGUGUUAAAAGAUUUCUGAAUUUUGAUGUUGAAUAGAUUUAGACUGUGAGCAUUUCAGAAUCGUGUUUUGGUUCUGGAAUUUCUUUAUAGCCACC